AUGGGCUCCACUAAGGACGCAAAAAAUAUUGAUAAUAAGAAUGAUAGGGGGUUGGCUGGCACAAGCGGUAACAAGGUCGUUAACCAUGCCGGUUCAACGACUGUUGAACAUAAAAAUGCUGACAAGGAAAAGGGGAAACAAGAAAAGGAAAAUAGAGAGGGAACCACACAAUCAAGUGCUUCAGUAGAAUCGCACUCCCCACAAGUAAGCCACCAUUCAGAUAAGCUCUCCUCCUUUGAUUCGCCUUUACAUUUGCCAAAUUUCAAAUUGGCAGAUGACUUGUUUUCAAACUCGUCAAGAAGAUCAUCAGAUUCCGCUGCAUCUUCCUCCGUAUCCAAACUCAAAUCUGCCCAGCUUUCCAAAAUAGGUCUACAUCAUCCCCAUGCAAACAAUAGUAAAUCAAGUCAUAGAAGUGGAACUCCGACAUCUGAACUGAAAGCUAACUACUCACCUGAUUCCUCUACGCCGCGAUUCAUUGUAUCUAGUAUGGUUGGUAAUGGCCGGGGAGGUGGUGGUCUACACGGUGCCACUUCGAACGUCGUCAAGAAACUCCAUUCUAGAAAAAAAUGGGACUGGAACAGUUUACCGGCAUCUGAUUCUUCUCUAUUAAUCAAAACCGCUUCAGGAAAUCAUAAUCUAAUCAAUAUCUGCAUAGACGGCGAAUUCAAACAAAUAAUGUAUGAUCCGAAUCAUAAUGAGCUCUUCAAUAGGAUGGACUUGUUCCUAUCUUUCAACAUGGACUCUUCGCCAAAGGACUCUUUAAUUUUUGCCAAGAAAAGAUUACGGUCGUACAUUGAUUUCCUAACAAAAUACUUGGAAUCUAGGAAAUAUGCAUUUGAAUGUUAUCCAUUUAACAUCGAAAACACCAUAAGCAUAGAAACUGAAGUUAAAUGCUUUCCAUCGUUUGACCCGUUGAAAGAUUAUUCUGAAAUUGAAUCCCUGAUUCAAUUAUGGUUGGCUCAGUCCCAGAAAUUUUUACUACAAUCAAAUUCAUUUUUCUUUUCAUCUGAAGUAGUGGAAGAACUAAUAAAAAGAAAACCAACUACAAGGCAACAUUCGAAUCCAACAAUCAGCACCACCAGCAAUAAGAUCAGUGACCCUACAUUAUAUAUUCAACAAUUAGAUAUAGAAUCAAACUCCCCAAGACCAGUAAUAUCGGAUCCAUUGGAUGAAAUUGACAUCUUAUUAAUAAGACCGUUGCAUAAAACCCUGGGUGGCUGGCAGCUAGCGUAUGAUGAACCAAGCUUGAACAUCGCAGACUUCCCAUUGGAUUUAUCCCCCUGGAUGAUUAACAGUAGUAACGAUGAUACCCAGAAUAAGAACAUUGGCAACGAUGGUAUUGCUCCUGAAUAUUUGACAAACUUGCAAAAUUAUCUACCAAGAAAGGGUUCAAGAGCAAAAAUAGUCUCUGAUGAACAGGAAGUUAUUGAAUUGAAUUCUUCCAAUGCUUCAGAGUAUAUGUUUGACUGUAUGAACAGAAAGUUCUUUACAGAUGACGCAAAAGAACGUAUUUCCAGAAACAACUUCAAUCAUGGAGUUGAUGAAGAUCCUUUAAGCGACCCAUUUGCUUCAACUAGAUCUUUAUCAUUGCCAUCAUCGGGGGCAGAUGUUGUCAAAAGGAAGAAGAGCCCUACCAAGGGUAAUAAAAAAUCAGGUUUCGUCAAUUUUUUUAAGAGAAAACAUUCUCAACUUGCAUCGACUUCGCAUAAUACAAGUCCUUCAAUAUCACCUAGCAUAUCUUCCUCUUCUUCCCCGAAGAUUCAACCACAGUCACACCUCUCUAGUCCCCCUCGAACAGACAAAGCUCACCACGUUAAAUCAACUAAUCAAGCACUUCAAAAUGAAUGGCUGGAGAACUUUUUCUGCCGGACUUUGAGCAACUACAAAGAAAUCGAUUUACCAACACAAUUUGUUUUGCCUAAGGAAGUGAAGAGGUCCUCAAAUACGCAAUCUCAGCCCGAAGAAGAACCACCUUUGUCAUCACCUGUUUCCUCUAAUUCAGAAAACUCUACUCCAAGUGAAGGACUGGAUAGGGCAAAAAGCGCAGCCAUUUAUGGUAAAGAAUAUUUAAAAUUGAGGCUGCCAUUCGCAUCAGACACUAUACCCGCUGUAAUAUGCCCAUGGGUCUGGACAAGUCUAAGUUAUUAUAAAUGGAAAGCUCUGCUUAGGGAAAUAUACAGGUCAAUAAUUCCCGGCGGGUACGCGCUCGCAAUUGUUCCAGAUUUAAGGAUUUCAAAUACAUACUAUACCGGAAUCCUUGGUAAUGCCGAUGCUGACAAGGCAAACAAUACAUCAGAAGAGUUUUUGACGACAAAGGAAAGGGAUAAGACGUUUGAUGCUAUGGCUAUUGAUGCGAUAAAUAAAGGGUUACAUAUCCACCCAACGAAGCAUUUAACGAGGACAUUUAAGGAUGUAGGCUUUACAGGAAUUAAGUCCUCUGUCCUAAGUUUGAAAACUGGUGACUUUAAAACAGAUAUGGGUUUUUUGAAUGAAUUUAAUUCUUUAGAUAUGUGGGAUUACAUGUUAAGAAGGCAGUUACCAGAUAGUAGUUGUCCUCCAAAGGAUACCGACCCUACCACUCUUUUCAAAAGAUACGUGGAGGAACAUAUGGGAAAAAUUGAUGACAACGCCGGCUGCUUCAGAACCUUAUACGUGGUGGCGCAAAAGCCUAAACUGCCGUAUACCAAAUAA